UGUUAAAAGAGGAAAAACUCCAAGUCCCAUGAUACAGUUGGGCAGGCGAAGCUCCAACCUGCGUGUUCGCUGCUCAUCAUCCCCGCAGCCUCUCGGAUCCGUUAGAGGAGAAAUGGCUGCAGCUCUGUCCCGUGCCCUCAAACUGCCCGGGAAGAAGGGCUCCGAGCUCGGGGAGUACGACCCUCUCACCCAAGCAGACAGCGAGGACGAGAGCGAGGAGGACGACCUCGUUCUCAACUACCCCAGAAAUGGCCUCGGCAGGGACGGCUGCCUCGGCGCCGGCUCCUCGAAGCUGCGGGGCGGCAGAUCCGGACGAUUGGUGGGAGCCGAAGACGAGGCCCAGGAGGACGAGGACGACGAAGAGGAGGACGAAUGGAGGGAGCGUCUCCCCAGCAAGUCAAGGCAGGACGCAGACGACGGGAAAGGCGGGCAGUACUGGAGCCACAGGGACACGGGGAGGGACAGGGCCGGGGACGACAGAGGGGGGUGUGGAGGGGGUGCUGGACUCGGGGUUCUUAGUGCGGAAGACGAGGAAAAGAGGAUAAGGAUGAAGCACGCCGUCAGGAGCGCCUUCUUCCUGGUGCCUCUCGUCUGCGCCAUGCUGCUCGUGUUGCUGUGUGCGUUUCUGCUUCCCUGCAAGAAGGGCGAGCUGGAGAAGAAGCUGCAGUGGGAGAGAGCGAUGGGAGUCGCAGGAGGUGUAAACCCACCUGCGCUGGCACUGUGGGAUUCUGAUGGCGAUUCAUUGGAGGAUGUGUUUCUGGGCGUUACUGAAUGGACCAAUGACAGCCGGCCCACACAGGGGAACAAAAUCUACAGCUUGGUGGCGCUGUCUGCAGUCAGCGGUCAGGUGCUGUGGAGGAUAGUCACGCGUGAGACCGUGAAGUAUAUCCAGUGUGGGCUGCAGUUCAGCACCCAGCCGUCACCCGUAGUCAUCGUCAUCGGAAAAUCCAUCGUCAUGGCGAUCAACGGCACCACAGGGAAGAACUUGUGGACGGUGAUGCUGAAGAACAUCGUCUCUCAGGCCGUGUUGCUUCCAGACCUGCAGGGCGACUCGGUUCCAGACCUGCUGAUCGCCACCCUGCCUGCAGACGAGGCUUCAGAUCUCUCCCUGACUCUGAUCUCUGGGCUGACGGGGGCCAAGCUCGGACAUCCCGUCCCUUUCAACCUCACCGGACAAGGACGCCUCAUCGGCCCUUUAGUGCAUGAGACUCAACAAGGAGCAUAUUACAUCCUGUUUGGACUAGGUAACGUGGAGGCGAUCUCUGUGGGUGAUAUCUACAUUAAAGCCACCGGGAAGAUGCCCCUAACUCAGGCGCUCCGGAGGAGGGAUCCCAGCUGGGAGGUGCUUAAAAAGAGCAACACGUCCUCCUGCAUCAACAUUUACAGAGGAGCAGAGAGUGCAGAGUUCUUGCUCCCCCUUGUGGCCGGUUUUGGGAACAGCCACAACAGCCUGGACACGGUCUCUAAUAUGAACUCCAGUAAGAGUGACUGGGUCCUGGUCUACGGCUCCAGCAAACUGUCCGUGCUCCGCCAGAGGGACAAACACAAAGAGUGGACCUUCAACUCGUCUCAGCUCCACUGCCAACCAGUCCCAGGACACUUCAACGAUGACAGAGUGCUCGAUCUUUUCAUCCAGCAUGCAGCAAACGGCACCAUGCAGGCGCAGGUCGUCGACGGAGCAAAAGGGAAACUCCUCUGGUCGGCUGAGUUUGUGUGUCCCGGUCUGAUGUUAGAAUCUUCAGCCAUCUUGACCUCAACUGGCCAAUCGGCUUUCCUCUUCUGGGCCAGCGAUCCAAUCAGAGCACAGAAGAACGUCACAAAGACGACAGUGUCACCAGGUGUCGCCGCAGCUCAGCCGCUCAUCAGAAAACUUUUCCUGCUUCACCCUGCGUAUCCCAGAAUCCUCCUGGAGCUCCACAGCACCACGGACACGGCGGUCACCUCUGCAGUGAGUUACCACGGAAACCAGAAAGACGCUUUCUACAUCACCGUGUCCUCUCGGCCAACGCCCGGCUCAGAGCCCGGCGCUCAGAUCGUCAAGAGUUUGGGCCUCAGAGCCGCCGUCGCCAAAGGACAAAUCGUCAGGUUAGGAGAGAGCGGCAAGCCGGGAGACGCCGUCAAACCCGGAGCGUACGAGGUCAACAAGUUCUUCAGGCGUCUGACCUUCAGACAGCAGUGAUGAGCCAGCACUGCCACCACGGUACGACUGGAAGGACCCGAGUGGGAUAGAAGCGGACUGAAGUGGGAGAUUUCUCUGCACUAAGGACACUCAGGGUCGGAUUCACUAAGACUGGAUUGCGGCCGCUCAUAUCUUUAUUAUUUGUUCAUCAUGUUCUCCCUCUAUCGGCUCCGUCUCGAGGUCCGAUUCACUAAGCUUAGACCUCUGAUGAUAAAAGUGUUGCUUUUGUUUAGUCUGAAUGUGAAGAGAAACUAUCUGCACCUUUCUUCUGAUGGAGCUGCUCUCUGAUGGAGCUGCUCUCACUCAC